GAAAGACUGAGUAAGAGCAGAAGGGAGCAGAGUGUGACGAACUGAACAAAGCUUCUUGACUUGAAGGGCAGAGUCAACAUAUAUGUCAGCAAAGCCUAAAGUGUCUGAAGAUAAAAGUGUUUACUAGUAAGAAGAGGCAGAGGAGUUUCCAAAUGUGACUGGACUUGUAAGUGUCGACUGUUUUUCUUCUAGAACUCAGAGGAAAGAGCCAGAGAAGAAUGGAGAGGCAUGCAGGAAGGAGCAGCAGGCAGGAGACGAGAGGCUGAAAGAGGAAGUUUUUUGCAUUUCACGCACUGUUGGUGCCGCUGAGCCCCUCGGACGAAUUCUCCUGGCUUGGUUGGUCCCACAUCUGGAAUGUCGAGUCACUUCCUCUGUCUGCCUGCAGCGGGGUUGUCCUUUGUCUUUCUGCUCCCACCCUCUGCUUCUGACAGCGACCUGAAGAAGCACUGGAGACCACGGAUGAUUCCCUCCUGAUUGGACACAAACUUCCAGACCCCUGGAGUUAACCUACUCAGAUCUUCUCUAUCUGGACUUGGACUCAAAUAGAAACAACUGUAGGCAUCUGCUUGAACCUACUGUAGGGUAUUCCUAUUCCCUUAUUAGGCAACAGAGCUGAGAAAUCAUUUGAAUUAUGGUCUCUGUUGCAUGUCUGUCUGGUUUAAGGUUGACUGACUCCCAUCUGGUAUGUUGGAUGUGAGAGUGGGGCUGCUCGAUUUGUUUGUUUCACUCUCUUUGCUUCUCCUUUUCCUGUUGUUCGUGUGUAGGUCUUUUGUUUUGGCACAAGAGGAGGGCUUGUGUUUGUGGUUGAGCUCGAGACAGCGUCACUGCCUCAGGAGGGGCUGCUCCAUUCAGAGUCUGCAGAAUUUCUCCCUGCCUUCCUCUCUUUCUCCCUCCUCGUCAGCUGUGAUGGUCUGUGUUUGUUGGAUCCACGCACACACACCUGGGCGCAACAGCUCGCAACCUAAAACAGGAACUGUGCCUCUUUGAAGGAGGGGAUGAUCUGAAUGGUGGGCUGGAGCUUUUGCUGAGGACUGGAGUGGAAUAACCUGAGAGUCGGCUGGAUUUGACUUCCCUCGGUGCAACAAGAAUGGGUGAACCAGAAGGAGCAAGGAAGGACCCAGGAAGUGUUAGCUGAUAGGGGUUGACACUUGGGUUGAGACAAAAAGGAUCAUGGGGAAGUUUUGAAUGCUCAAGUAGACCAGUCAGCGCAGACGCUGAUGAUAUGAGAGACAGACCUCCAGAACAAUGCCCUCUGUGCUUAUGUGACAAUAAACUUGGAAUCUCUGCAGAGCUCUUAACCUCAUGUGGAUGUUUCUCCUCAACACACCUCUUGCUAUAAAGGACCAUGGCUGCUGCAUCAUGGUAUCAUCGUGACAUCAGCCGUGUGUGUGCAGAGGACUUGUUGGCACGAGCAGGGAGGGAUGGCAGCUACCUGGUAAGAGACAGUGAGUCUGUGCCUGGAGCCUAUGCAUUGUGCCUGCUAUUCCAACGCCAUGUUCACACAUAUCGUAUUCUUCCUGAUGCAGAUGGUCUUCUGGCAGUUCAGACAACACAGGGGGUUCAGGUGAACUGUUUCCGGACCCUUGAGGAUUUGGUGUUAGGGUACCAGCAACCACACAAAGGCCUGGUCAUCCCGCUCCUCUACGCCGUUCCUCCUGACACUGACACUGGGGAUGAGAGCUCAGACGAUGAGAAGCCCGCUCCCACUCCAGCCUCCAUCAACACCGUGUCUUUCACAGGACCACCAGCAAAACCAGCCCCCCAUGCUGUUUUCCUGGAGAAGCUGCAGGAGCUGAAUACAUCCAAUGCUGCAGGCGAGGUGAUCGGCCUGCUCAAUGACUACCUCUUCAGUGAGCUGCCUCUCGACAUUGAAAAUGUGCACAAAGGGGCGACGACAUUAAGGCACCUGAAGCGUACGCUGGCUGCUGCCUGCCAAGGCCUCAACAGUGAGAUUGAUCUCACACUUGUGAGUCUGGAAACUUUGGCCAAAGUCUUCGACCAUCCGAGCUGCUCUCUAACACCCAACAAGUCCCAGUGUCCAGAGAUGGAGAUUGACAGCCUGUUGUGUAAGAUCUCAGCUUUGGUCAGCCUUCUGUCUUCAUUAGAGAAAAAGGUGUUAAAGGCAUUACAAGAUGCUGUGACUAAUCACAACCUGGCAGUGCAGCCAAGCCCAGCUCCUCCUGAACCAACACCUGUAGCACCUGUGAAAACCCACACCAGGCAGAUACCUGUGCACUCCUUUCAGGUAAAGGUGGUGAGGUACGGCAGACAAACAGUUUCUGUGGAUGUAGAUGCAGGAGCGCUGCUUUUUGACAGGAAACCCGGCUUGUUCGGAGUAGAAAGAGUCUCACAUGAUAGAAUCCUCCAGAUUGUCAAGUUUCAAAACAGCCCGGCAAAGAUACGGGUCGUGGUCGACAGCUACCAGAACACUCCGCGGGAGAUGACGUUUGAGAGCGCGCGGAAAUGUGAAUCCUUCUGCCAUCUCCUCCUGCUGAUGAAGACCACACACUCUCAGCUGAACCAGCCUGAUCUGGUCUCUGUGUUUGUUGGCACCUGGAAUAUGGGUGGUUCCCCUCCUCCUCGCAGCCUGCAGUCAUGGGUGACCUGUUGCGGUUUGGGUCACACCCCCGACGACUCGACGGCUUUACUUCCGCAUGACAUCUACGCUUUGGGGACUCAGGAAAACCCUCAGGGGGAAAAGGAGUGGACGGAGCACAUUAAAGCAACUCUACACAGCUACACUCACGUUGACUUCAAACUAGUGGCAGUGCAGUCCCUCUGGAACAUGAGGCUGGCCGUGUUUGCGAGGCCUGAACAUGAGAGCCGCAUCAGUCAUGUGAACACAGCCAAUGUGAAGACUGGCCUGGGCAACACGUUGGGUAAUAAAGGAGCUGUUGGAGUUUCCUUCCUCUUUAAUGGAACAUCCUUUGGGUUUGUGAACUGUCACCUGACCUCAGGAAGUGACAAAGUAUUGAGGAGGAACCAGAACUUCAUUGACAUCCUCAGACUUCUUUCUCUGGGGGACAAACAGCUUUACGGCUUUGAUAUCAGCCUGCGCUUCACCCACCUCUUCUGGUGUGGAGACCUCAACUACAGGCUUGAUCUGGAUGUCCAGGACAUCCUGAAACACGUGUCCAAAAGAGAGUUUGAGGAGCUCAUGUGUGCAGACCAGUUAACCCGAGAAAGGCACAAGAGGAAGGCCUUUUUCAGUUUCAAGGAAGAGAAGAUAGUAUUUCCACCCACAUACCGGUAUGAGCGAGGUUCCAGGGACUGUUAUCUGUGGCAGAAAUACAAGACCUCAGGGGUGCGAGUCAACGUGCCGUCGUGGUGUGACCGGAUUCUGUGGAAGUCCUACCCAGAGACGCACCUCAUCUGCACCGCAUACGGUUGCACAGAUGACAUCUUCACAAGCGACCACUCGCCUGUUUUUGCCACUUUCCAAGUGGGAGUGACGUCCCAAUGCGGCGCCAAGAAAGAUUUAAAUUUCGGUGUGGAAAAGGCCUGGGUUGAGCUCGAAGGCAUCGAUGCCAUCGUGAAAACUGCGAGCAAGGCAAAGUUCUUCAUUGAGUUUCACUCCUCUUGCAUUGAAGAGACGCAGCGCUCCAGUGAGAAUAAUUCACAGGGUUGUGACGUUCCUGGGUUUCUCAAACUCGGUUGGUCCUCCAAACAGCUCCCCAAGCUUCUUCCAGUUUCAUCUGACAUGGAGUAUCUUCAGGACCAGCACCUGCUUUUGUCUGUAAAGUCAUGUGAUGGAUUUGAAUCAUAUGGUGAAUGUUGUGUGCCUCUGGGCUCACUGACAGGUGCGUCGCAGAAAUUUGAGACAUUUUUGAGUCACCGAGGUGAGGAGAUGGGCUCCAUACGAGGACGGGUCAGAGUCCACGUGCCCAAAGAUAGACGGACAACACGGAAGAAGAUCUAUGAUGUGUUCUCUGUUGAGAAAGACGAUAAAGGUCCUGGGAGGGGACACUUGUCUCCUGCAAUAACACGAAUCCCUGCAAUUAGACCAUCUGGAGUACCUGUAAAACUAACAYCCAGCAGCUACACCAACCCUGCCUACUUCAUCUUUGAAGGUGUAUCAGUCCCACCCAGGGUGGAGGAGACUCCCCCCCAGCGAAAGAACCCUCAGGUCAUCUGGUCUGGUAACGAUGUCCUGCAGCUCCCAAAGGUCUCAGCCCAUCCGGGGUUUGACAGGAGAAGUUACCACAGAUCAGACUUUACAGAAAUCGAAAUUCCCUCCAUCCUGUCUCCAAACACUGACUUCCAYAUGCCCCAAAGUGACUCCUCUUAUCAGCUUUUUCCAGUUCAAAACCCACCUCCAGUACCUCCACCUUCAAGUAAAGCCAACCUGCAGUACCACCAGCAGCAGAGAUCAGAACUCAGAAACAAAAACCAAGGAAAAAUGACUGUUCAGGACUCAGUGCAGCCUGAAAGCAACACGAGGAACCUCUACAUGAACCACUCUGCAGUCAUGAAGGAAAAAGCCAGAAGAGMUAAACAUCAGCUUUUUCCAGCGAGGACAAAUGCAACCCAAACUGCGAAGACGCCGUCACCGCUGCCUUAUACCCCUACUCACAUGGCGCUCUGUCACGCCUCUGCUUCCUGGAUCGUCAACAAACACCCUCCAGAGUCGACGGGAGACAACUCCCUCACCGCUUUGCAAAUUGCCAAGUCCCUCAGUGAGGUGGACUUUUUCCCAUCAGUGGAGAAAUGCCAACCUCCAGUCAGGCAGAGGAUAAGUUGUAGAAAUGGUCCUUCCAAGCAUGGGGACAGGGGCUACAGCUGGGAGAAAGAGCAGGUGUCUGUCCUUAGAGGUGCACCAGAAACUGUGCAGGAGCUGCUCAGUACUCUGGGUCUUCAAAAAUACACCCUGGGUCUCAGCCUCAGUGGCUGGGAUGAUCUGGAUUAUUUCAGUGGCAUCACCGAGGAGGAUUUGUGUGCAGCUGGAGUAACAAACCCUGCACACCGACGCAGGAUCCUGGAGAACCUUCCCAGGAACUGGACCUGACAGGAACACGAUGGUGCAAAGUUUGAUCACAAGUAGAACUGGAAAAAAGAACUUUCAUGAACUGAAGGAAGGACUUUUAUUUGAUCGACCAAAAAAUAAAUAAAUAAAUAAAUAAACUGACAUUUUUCCAUGUACUGGAUUUAAACUGAGUUCACCUGUACCAACAGAGGAGAACAUAAAAUGCAGUACUUCUUGCACAUUAUAUUUUCUUCAUUUACCGCCUUUAAAACUGAUGAAUGAAGGGAAACUAUUGUGUGUCUUCAGUUUGUGACAAAUAACAAAUAAUAUUUUGAUAUGUUGGCUUCAUUUAUUUUGUUUUUAAUAAUUCAUAAAUUGCUCUAUAAUAUA